GUUGCAACGCCGUUGUUCGGUGAACGGUUUCAUGCAGGAAAGUCACACUCCUAAAGGGGCAAGAAUCAGUGGUUGAAGAAACAGGGCAAGUUUGCAAAUAUGAAAUUUUUAACCGCGUUUUUCUUUUUAGCUGCAGUCGGCUCUGCCUUCAUUGACGCUACACCAGUUCGAAGCAGGCUGUUGGAAAUGCUGAAAGAACCUGUCCCACUCGAACUAGAGUUCUGCAAAUCACUCGGCUACAGCUUGACAUCCCGGGUCAAUUUCAUGAAACAAACGAACCAGUCAGCCGUUGCACAAGACUACCUCUACAAAGCGCUUAAAAUCAUGCAUGCAACCGGUUGCUCAGAUUUCACUAAACCAUACACAUGUGCUACGUAUGCGCCAGCAUUCUCAAACCACUACGGGGCCCUACCCCCCUGUCGCUCCUUGUGCACCCGAACUGAAGAGCAAUGCGGAAACUUCAAUGCUGCAAUGGCCAAGCUUUUGUCUAAAGGCGAAUGUAAGAUGACGAAGAAAGGCGGAGAUUAUCGUGGCACAGUCAGCAAGACAUCGUCUGGUAAAUCAUGCCAAGCUUGGGCUGCUCAAACCCCACAUAGACACACAAAAACUGCUGAAAGCCACCCCAACGACGAUUUGACUGGAAACUAUUGCCGAAACCCUGAUGGCGAGCCAAAUGGACCUUGGUGCUACACUACAACCAGCAAGAGAUGGGAAUAUUGCGAUGUGCCAACCUGCAAAGUUCAAUUCUACUGCGAUUAUUACCCAGAAGCCAGUGCGACACAAGGCUGCGUCGACUAUAAGUACAACGAAAGUUCUGGAAACAUGGAACAAGUUGUCAAAGGAAACCCCGUUGCCCCGUUGGACGAUUGGAAAAUCCCAAAGUACUAAAAAUUUACUCCUCAGUUCAAUUUUUUGUCAUAUUUUAAGAUAAAGCAUUUAAAACAUGAUCUAUCUUUAAUGAUUUGAAUUAAACACAAAAGAAUUUAUUUUACUGGCUAUAAUUUAUUCUUUAACGAGCACCUGAAUUGUUCUAUUUUCUUCGUGUUUCUUAGCAAACAGAAUUUAUCAGACAUAUCGUAUGUAAUAUUUCAAUCUGCAAAAUUUAUCAUAAAUUGUCUUCAAA